CGUAGGUGAAAUGUAUAUACGGUGAUGUGUGUUUGACAUAGCGCUACAUCUACCAUUGUUUUGCUUGUUAUAGCAUAAUGACACUUUGGUGAUACCUACAAAAUGGACCACGAAAGCGAAGGGGAUGGAAAUACUGUUUUGGAUGCCCGUGAUGUGUAUGUGUUAAUGAGGCGUGGAUGCAGGAUCUCCCGAAACAUCCGGGCAUCAUGGUACUUUCAGCAUCUCAACUCUGUCAUCCCAUUCACCCCCCAGGAACAUGUGGGCGAGUCGGAGGAAGAGUUAUCUAUCUUGUCUGUCGUGCCACCAGAUGGCCAGCCACCACUUCGGCCAGGCCAGACCUACAGUGUGUGUAUCACCCCACAGACCAUUGUGACCUUCCUGGCCUCUCGAUACCGCCUGGCCUUCACCCUUGACCUUAGCCCUUCAAUCAUGUCUGUGAAUAUCUGCGAUGGCUGGGUUGUAAAUGAUGAGUUGAUGCUUACUCUCAGCAACUGUCUACAUGGCCUUGUCAAACCGUUUCAGAUCCCAGGCAGCAGUAUUGUGUUCACCCCUGAGCUAUUUGUGACUGUUGUGGUCCACACUCCUCUUGUAUUAUCUAAAACCAACCAGACUCUGGUGCAAGGCAUGCGGGUGAGUGUGAAGAAUGUGGAGGACUUCCUGGCCGUUGUACAGAGGGAGCUGGACAGCUUCGAGUACGCCCUCUGUCAGACCUUCUACAAGUCCCUGGACAUCAGUCAGAACAAGAUCUUGGAGCAGUACCCAGAAGCCCUGGAAGAUGACAGUGAGAAGCUUGACCUGAGGAAGUCGGACCUGAUCAGCAGCCCAGAAGCCGGCUUCAUCAACAUGCUGAGAUAUGGAAUCCUGGCACUACAGCUACUGCCAGAUAACUCCAGUGCUGGCAUCAUCAUCCUCACUGAUGGAAUGGUGGGCCUGCCGGACGCCAACAUCCUGGAGUCUCUGCUCACACAGCUGAGGAAUAGCACCAUGGCGUGUUCCUUCAUGAAGGUGGGCAGCUGUUCCCUCCACCAGCAGCUGGGCCAUGUGCCACACACAGAACUCAUGCAGUUCAUCGCCACGGCAACGUUCGGAGCCUACUUUGCCUCUUUUCCGGAUUUGCAACAGUGUGACAGUCUUGAAGCCAACGUCUACCACCGAGCUCUGUACUUUUGGAACUUUCAGAAGGGUCUUGAAGGAUUUAAAUAUGAACUGACCCACCAAACCAUCCCUGAUUCCUUCGCAAGUAUUCAGAAACAAUUGUAUGCUCAUCCACUAGAGGGCCGAAGUGCAAUGGCAGACGUGUUGCGGAAGAAACAUUUAGAGAAGAAUGUCCUGGCCAACAUAGCCAGUGUGCUGUCUGUACGACUUCGAGAGGGCUACACCAUCAAGGAUGUUGCAAUCACAAAAGGUGGAACUCAGAUAGAAGUGAAGAUGGUUCUACCAUGGCGUGACUAUGUCCGGAUCGAGUACUCCGCUGUAUCGUCAUGGCCUUUAGACCCCAAAAAGCAGCAGACGUAUGUUGAGAUUUGCCUGGAGGGGGAGUAUGAGUUUCUGCACGAGAUAACCUGUGCCAGACAGAGUGCCAAGAACGCCUACAGAACAUUCAACAUCAGGAAGUUCUGGCACAUACUGCAGAGGUUGCGAGAGACAGACCAACUGUUGUCCCAUCUCCAGUCCUUCUCAACAACCUCAGUAUACUACACUGUACCGGAGAGCAUCAGAAAUGGGGUGCCCCUGUUCUACCAGGCAGCUGACCAAGCCUCCACAUCACCCCUGCUCAACACUCAGCUACAGGCAAAGGAUUCAGCUCUCACUCAGUUUGCAUCUUUUUGGAAGCCAGUGAUUCUGCUGGACACCAACAUCUGGCAGAAAUGGAUGCAUACCCACAGAAUUGGUUUAGUGUUGGAGCAUGACAUGCCGCUGCCUAAAUACCUCCACGUCCCCAACGCGAGCGGACGCUUCAACGUGAUCCAGUGUCGACAGGCCCUCACAUCACUCAACAUCCACCUGCGAGAGUGGGCCACCUUCGUCCUUAUGGAGAACCACUCCUACAUCAAACUCCUGUUUAGGGAUCAGGACAAGCCACCAUCCUUCUUCUGCGUCCUGCGUGUGACACACAAAGCCCCACUGAUGGUCCUCAGACUUGCCUUCCUGGGUGGAACCCCCAGCCAGGUGCGCAAUGAUGUUGUCUCCAGCCUCCUUAAGUCCAUCAAGGAUCUCCGCUUCCCUCAGCGAGGAACUCAGGAUGUUGACAAGAGGAAGAAGCUUCCCAGACAGAAGCCAGAUGCUGCCAAAGUCCACGUGAAGAAACCCCCAUUGCUACGGGACUGGUCAGAUAUUCACUGUGGCACCAUCCUCACAAAGCCUGCUGAGAAAAUACUCAUUAGAUAUGAACGUCAGCCUGUUGACAUGACCAUUCUAGAAGACCCAAUCAAAGAUGCCCCUAGCUUCUACUUACUGGCGCCGAUGGCCAGCUCCAUGAAGUCAGCUGCCAGUAUGUUCAACACUCUGUCCUGCUAUCUACACCACCAACGCUGGAUCUGGACCGUUCGUCAAAAUGCUGUCACGCCCAUCAGCCUGCCAGCAAUUGGCCGAGUGCUCAUGACUCUAGCUAAAAUUCGUCUUCAGGAGGGAUUUCAUUUUGCCCUGACCAAGGCAGGCAUUGUCAACAUGAUUCUUGAAGUCGACAUGAAGGACCUUCAAGAUCUGGAAGCUGACGAAAGUGAUGCAUCGAGCAACCAGCCAGACUCCUGUCUGAUCCAGUACAUAAUCUUCCCUCCUCACAACAAGACCACCAGAGACAGUGUGUCCGAGGAAGACAUGGAUGAGAUGGAAACAACGGAGGCUGACGGGGAGCUGCAGAUUGUGACUGAGUGUUGGGUGGAACCCCAGUACGGUGUCUCCGUCAACAACACCCCUGAGAGGACUCACUUCAACUUCAAAACACACCAGGAGAUAGGAAAAUCGUUUUUCCCUGUGGACUACGAGUGUAUCUCCAGCCUGGUGACGUUCGAACAUCUCAUCUACCAGUGUCGGAACUGUCCCAUCCUGCCCUCCCCGGUGGCUGACUCCCAGUCCUCGCACUCCUGCCCCCCAAGUCCACGGUUCCGUAAGCAGUAUGUGCGAGAUGACAGUCGGAGGCUGGAGACAUCCAUCUUCAACAUCCCCUUCCCCUUCGACCUGCUGGCUCUCCUUCCCAAGUCUCAACAGGCAGAGCUACUCUUCUCCACCUUCAUACCGCCAGCUAAAAUAACCUACAAUGCAGAGGAUGUUCCCAUUGAUCCCAAAGGCUCCAACAACCAACUGUUUGCCAUUUUGUUUGAAAGUCUAAAGGGAACAGGGCUUCUCAGUAAGGAAAAUGUCCAUGACAAAGAAAUCCCACUCACCUCUGAAGACUGUGCUAGGUUUCUGAACCUCCUCAAGUCCAGGAAGAGAGAUGCUAGCAAGAACCCCCUCCCUUUCAACUUCGUCAAUAAUAUCCAUGAAGCAACACCCUUACCAGAAGACAAAUCCACAACUGAUGCCAAAACUUCCGACCCCAAAUCAGGGAAGGACUCGGAAAAGGUUGAUAAGGAAAGUAAAGUUCUAGGAACCCCAAAACUGAAGGAUUCCAAACUAGGCAACUUUGAAAUAAACUCUCCAUUUACAAGUUCUCCUUUGAACAAGAGCUAUGGUGCUCCUAUUAGGCCUUUGGAGAAACAGCCAUCAGAUGAAGAGGCUGCUUAUCCUAUGUGGAGAUGCUUUGCUUCUGCAAAGACAGACACUCACAUGUUCCUCACAUUUGUUCCAGCAAGUUUUGAUGAUCUCCUUCUACUCAACAGUAUUACAGAGUUUGGAAAGGAUGUAGCUGAAGAGCCUGGGAAUAGAGAAAAAACAGCAGAACAAACAGUUGAACAGCCUGAUAAGGUUUCUGGGGUGACUCAACCUUCUUCUCCAUCCAAGCCUGCGACAGAUUCUGAUGUGGAGCAAGAUUUGAGAGAUGUGGAGGACGAGACAUCAGUUGAUCCUGGAGUGGAAGAUGAAGCUCAUACUGUCAUCCCGGAAGAAGUUGAAGGAGGUUCUGAUCUGCAAAAGGGAUCUUCCGAAGUUUCAGGAGAUGUUCCUGAUGGUGCUGAAGUUCUGGAAGACGAACCAUCUCAGCCACGUCCUUUGUUACUGCCAAUAUAUGUGUACGAUUGCUACCAGCAUAAUGUUGUGGACUCGCUGGUCAACAGGUGGGACUUCACCCAGUAUGAGGACAUCUAUGAGGACAUGUCAUUUGACAUGGCUGAUCUCGACAAUACUCAGUCUUAUGGCAAAAUGACGGCAAGUCCUCGAGGUCGCUUGCUGUCUUGUGACAAUGAGGACAGUGUAAAUGAAGAAGAGAGUGACAUUCACAGGUUGAACUGGAGGUCAUCCUUAGACCGGAGAUCUAAUGACAGCAUGUGUGAAGGAGGAUCCUCAGCCUUCAGGCAGCAUUGUGUGGUCAUCUCAGAGACAUACCUCACAUGCUUUGUUACUGGAGUGUUCAAGAGCCUACAGCAGUGCUUCUAUGUCGAUCAGCGGGACGUCAAUGCAGCCAUCAACAACAUCUGUGAGGAGUCGUGUCCCCUGGAGACAGACAUGACCUACUUCCUUCAGGCAUCCUGCGGUCACUUCCAGCACAUCGCGGACAAGGCCCGGAAGGAGAGUGGCACCACCAAAGAGGCGGUCAAGCAGCCUCGGAAACUGUCCGUCAGGUUCAUGGAUAUGGUGGAAGACACUGAUAGUGAUAUAGAUGUGCUCGACUCCAGGAUACCAGCCGUGCUGCAGCUGCCCAAAGUGUCCACCACUCUGACCAUUCCACUGAAGGGGGCUUGUCCUUGUGACAUAAUUGAUGGUCUGCGUGAACUAGUGCGAUCCAAGUUCCUGGGUAUUGUACAGAAGUGGUUCCGCCCAGUCCCAACCCACCCUGACUUCUACUUCUACUGCUCGGACAGCAUGUUGCAGGAUGUCUCACUGGAGGAGAGUCAGGAGGAUGGAGAUGUGUCUGACAGCCAGCAUGGGGACAACGCAGACACAAGCCAGACAGAGCACACAGAUGAUGAGUACAUUGAGAUCCGCCCCGAAGAAAAGUUGUUACGAGACGGUCACUUGCAGGAGGACAGCACGUCGGUGUUGUCCAGCAUGGGGUCCUCUCAUUCAUCAGAGUCGGAGCUUGACCUUGACCUGACCACGGAGCAGAAGGAGGAAGAGGAGCCGCUCUUCAUCCACUUCACAUGCUCCAUGAAGAAUGCAGGCAGCUCGCACUUCGUCUCCAUCAGAACACUGCCACAAUGUCUGGUUGACAUUUGGACAAAGAUUGAAGAGGAGGUCAGCAACCUUGACCUUGAAAAUAUGAGGUUUACCUUCGACAUCAACUGCAUGACACUGCCCAGUGAGCUGGACGUCCCACUGAUUGGCAAGCCGUCAUACAUUCGGAUGUUGUCGGGGACAAGCGUCAAUCCUUCAUCACCCAACAAUGAAAGUGACCAAGAAGACGCUGCCUUCUCUGUCAUCUCUUCAGAUGGCUUUAGCAAGCCACUGAUGGGGGAUCCUAUUGGCCACCUGCCCAAGGUUCAACACGGAGCUGUCCUAAAGUGUAAGGAAGAGAUCGAGUGGCUGCUGUCGGAUGAGAUCACCUCGUCCCUACGGAAUCUGCAACCCAUCAGUGCUGAUGCUCUCAAGUAUGUGACGGAGCACAUCAAGUCGUCAGUACAGGCGGGGAAGCCAGCUUGUGUUCAUGACAGAGUUGACCUCAUGUUUGUCUACGGAGCCGACCAGAGCCUGGGCAGGUUCACAGAGGAGUUUGAGAGGAUGCAUCUACCUGGGUAUCACUGGACCAAGGAGGGAGACUACUACUUCGUCAUCAUUGACCGGGCACGGGCUAUCCAGCUGCGGCAGCAUGCCCGGGAUCUCAAGUCUGCCCUGGCCGAACUGGAGUCUGGAGACAUCCCGCCGGGGUGGAAGGACCCCACCUGCCGACUGUUCCCAGCCAUCGAGGAGAGGAGCAACAGUCUGCCCAGCGUUCUUCAUCCUGUUGACCAGUUGACCGCCAAGUGUGUUGACUCUCCUGAACCCAUCACUCCCGAGAGAGAGGAUUUCAGGCAGAGAAGCUUCUCAGAUGCCAAAUUCAUGGCUAGGCCAGUCGGAAAUGAUAUUGAUUCUGAUUCUGUUGAUGUCAAAUUGUCGAAACCUACUGAGUUGACUCUCCCAGAGAUGGUUUCAACGUCUCAUAUAUUGGACAUCCCCAAAAUUGAUAGAGAUCCUGUGGAGAGUGGAGAAGGAUCUUUGAAGAAGUCUUCAAGUUUUGCCGGAUUUCAGGCAGAGACACAGCAUGAAGAGAUCCAGCAGACAACAGGGGGUGGUUUGACGACCCGCCCCACCUUGCCACAUGUCCGAGGUCGGCACUUCUCGGCCCCAUCAGGACAGGGAACUCCACACAGCAGGUCCUCGACUCUGCCGCACACCCCCUCCUUGUUCUCCUCCAGGGGAAGCUACACUGAAGAUGGGUAUGAUGGGGACUCCAGCGAUGGUGACCUUGAUGACACAGCCUCCACUAGUGACAGCGUCCCCUCACAUCCUCGUCUGCCCAAGUUCUGGCUCAUCCUUCAGAUCAGCCAGGAUCACACUGACAUAUUCUUCCACACCAGAGAGACAGGACAUGAGGAGGGAGAGGAGACGGUGCACUACCAGGCCCUUCUGGAGCUGGUCAACAAGUCCAUCAACAAGAUCUGCAUCAAGGUCAACCAGCAACUCCUCCUUGAGGACCUGAACGACACCCACAUGUGUAACAACCUACUGGUCCCCGAGGCUGACGAAGACAUCUCCUGGGCGGACAAGAGGACACUGUCGGGACGCUCAGCUCCAGACAGUUCUGAGGUAGAGGAGGAGGAAGAGGGAGAAGAUGGCAAGGGGAAUCACUACCUGUUUGCUUCUCUCAAACUGAAGCCUGGCUACUUUGCCUGUGACUGUGUGUGGACCAAGAACUUUGUGCUGCACCCCAGACUCAAGACAGCCACAGGCAGAGCCAACGUCUCAAGAGGAUUCCUGGCUCUUCGCAGUGUGCUGAAUAAGUUUUCUGUGAACAACAGACGAAACAUGUUUGUGAUCAGGGAGACCGAGUCGGCUUCACGCAGUGUGUUCUACCUCCGACUGAAGGAAACACGAGCCCCUGUGAAUGCUGAUGACGUGUCCUCGCCUCUAGAGGAGAGCUUUAGUCGGGGGAUGAUGGCCAGCUUCAAGAAGGAGAGCGACUAUGACAUGACAGAGGCGGACACUGUUUCCAUGACGUCCGGGGUCAGCCGCAUGUCGUCCAGGGAGGAGGAUCUGGUACAGAUCCAGGUGUACGGCAUCGAAGAGAUAGGUUCUGAGAUUCGGGAGGAGCUGAUGCGACUGCUGCAGAAGAAGCUGGACGAAGCUGUGCUUGAAGUCAUCUCAGUGAUGCUUAACAGAAACCCCAAGUGUAAACUGAAGCCGGAGGAUGUCCAUUUCAUCCAGCGGCCGGACCAGGAGCCUGUGGAGGUGCUGCAGCUGACCAUCCCCGGCCACGCCAUGAUGUACCUCCAGGCCCUCAUCUUCUACCUCCGACAGAACCUGCUGCAGUUCCUGCACACGCCAAACUAUGUGGAUGCAGUGCCCGAGUACCACUUCCAGGACAGUGUUGAAGGCCAAACAGGGGCUAUACCACAAGAAGAUGCCUUCCUGCAUCUGCGUCCUCAAGCCAUUGGAGGAAAAGGUAUUGCGUGUAUCAGCCUGUCUCUGGCGGAUGGUACGGGGAGCCCUGUCAAGUUACUGAGUUGCCCCAAGCCCUGCAGCAUGUCGUCCACCAAGAUACAAGACCCGGAGGAGUUCGAACGUCUGGUGGAAACUUUCGUUCAUCUGCCCAACCCCUCCCCCUCCAGACCAGGCCCCACGGCACUGAUUCAGUUCAAGAUCUGGGAGAACGGCAACUCCGACCUGAAGGCACUGCGGGAACGCCUGAUGAACGCCGUCAGGUACUCCCUGUGUGACGUUGUGAUGGAGUACACGCUGUUGACGGCGCCCAUCUGUCACAUACCCAGACAUCUCCAGGACGGCUUCCCCCUUCCCUUGUGUUCUGUGCCCAACUCACCUACAAGCCCCAAGGACCCUCCCAGUGAGACACGUGAUCGGCGCCAUUCCAUCAUCAGUCGCCGGGCAUCGGAUGCCGUGAGGAUGAACACCGGUCUGCCGGCCGUCCCCCAGUCGGCAUCCCCCUUCAUGUCACUCAAGGGCAUCGUCGCCAAGGCUGACCCCAAGGUUCGCAUGACCUCUCCCCCUCCUGACCUUGGCAAGUCCUUCGACUGGGUGUCGGUGCAGUCCACCACCCAGCCCAACACUCCGUCUGCUGGGUUCGGGAUGGGACCAGACUCCUCCAGUCUGAUGGCAGACUCGGGGCUGAAGGACCUCGUCACCAAGUACGAGGAUGGAGAGCGGGGGUCACUGAACAAUGUCUUCACCAUGCUCAUGGACCCGUGGCUGGCUUACUGCAACAAACUGGGUGCUCCGUCUGUGUUCCGGUGUCACCUGAACCUACUGUCCCGCUACUCCGUGGACUACGUGAUGUAUGAAGUACAGAGCAUCAUCAAGGACCUGUCCCCCACCAUCGUCCCCCGCGCCUUCAAGAUCGUCAAGGGACGCAGCACGGACGCCCCACUGGAGGGCAUCCCCUACCAUCCAUGUCGGCACCCAGUGCAGCCUCACUCAUCCCUGGAGACUUCACUUGAUAUGAAUGUGUCACGUCAGAGGUCGAUGGACUUCAUUCUGAUUGGUCGAGAUGUUGAACAGUGGAAGACGUUUGUGUAUGAUGGCUCUGUGAUGGACCAGCCACCAUUUACGUCAACACCUGUCACGAAAACCUACCAGACAGUCCAGAAGUUCCAACCUCUCUUGUCUGCCGACGGAGCGAAGAGUCAGGAACUCGGCAGAUUCACCUUGACCCUGGAGAACCCCUUCGUCCCAAGGCAGAGGCUUCUCAUCAUCUUCAUCAAGGAUCGACAGCUGUGGGUGUACACGUACAACUGGGCCGGAGACGUGACAUCCCACCUGGAGGAGAGGAUCAACAAGCUGGUCAAGUGGAACAAUGACCGAAGCCAGGUGCUGGGCAGCAUCAUCAGCCAGAAACUCGGACUCUUCCACCACAACUCCUUCUCCGAUGUCACCAACACCCAGGAUGUCAGCCAGCUGUCCGACUUCGACAGUCUUAUCAAGCACCAGGCCCCACCGCAGCGUGACACCCAGCGUCGACACAGCAGCAUGUCAGCCCGCGACCGCGGCAUCUCUCGUAUGAUGAGCAUCUUCAGACCGUUCGACAAGACAUACAAGAAUCUGCAGCCGCCCCGCCCACUACAGAACACCACCCUCAUGUCUCUGCGGGACCCUGUGUCCGUGCACGGCAAGCAGGCCCAAGAUAUACGCAGCCAGUGUCGGAGAGACACUGACCGACUGGGCAAGCUGAGGCAGCUGUAUGUGGGAUGGUUACAGAAGAAUGUUGCUAACCCACCAGUCUCUGAGGACUACCUACUCCUGCUGAAGCAGUCCUCUCGGCUGUUCCACUACUGCGCCACUCCCCUGUUGUUCCACCCACAAUGGCGACAGCGAGUGGUGGAGAAACCCAUGGCCUUGGUGAGACAGGAGUCGACAGUCACACUGAGUCCACCUCCCGAGAAACCAGAAGGAUCCAAAUCUCGGUCUCGCCACAGUUCCGGGGCCUCGGUAACCAGCCUAAGAACCAAACGCUCUGACAGUCAGGACGGGAGGAAGAAGUCUGUGACUCCCCAGGACUCUCCUGAGGUCCGCCCCAAGCCCCCCGACCCCUCCCUGGAUGAGGCGUGGCAUGCUGAGCUCCGCCGCAGCUUCAUCAACCAGUACAAGAGCUACCUGAAGGACCUCGGGUUUGUUGUCAUCAAAGUGCAGCAUGCUCCGUCAAAGAAGAGGUACAGCAAGGUGGUGCCCCCAGACGGACAUGCUACACUGCUUGAUGAUGACCGGAGGUCAAGUACGGUGUUCAGCCUGCAGAAGACGUUCCAGUCCGGCAUCAUGAUGAUGGAGAUUGGGUUUCGAGAUGCCUACUUCUGUGUCAAGAUGUUUGUCUUUGAUGCUCAGAGUCUUGGAACACCAGUCAACCAACAGAUGCGGCUGCUGUUUGUGGAUGAGUGUGAGAAGUGCAAGGACCUGAUCCACGUCCACUCCUUCGCACACGACUUCCACCUGCGCUGCAUCCAGACAUACCUCAGCGGCGAGGCCUGCGUCUUCAACCACGGCUUCCAUCUCACCAGCUUCCUCUCAGACUUCAUCCGCAUCUACCCCUACCCGCCCAGCUUCUCCCGCAACUUCCUCCGUCAAGAGUCUGCUGUUCUGCCUGACCUGCCCUGUCCAAGCCCCCAACUGUUUGACUACAUGCUGAAGCAGAUGAAACAGCAUGAGAUGAGGGUAUUCAAGAUGGUCCCAGCCGUGGAUGCUGACCUUGACCCAGAGUACAUCUUUGUGAAGGCAGAUGAGUUUGCUCUUGUCCGACACAAGAAGCUGAAGCGUGACACCAAGGACGUGACGGGGAUGGAGGCAUCCGAUGAGUACGAUGUGGGGCUAGUCAUCAUCCAUGACAACCCCCGGGGGCUCCUGCAACCCGAGGGGGAGCUGAUGAUCCUCAAACUCAAGUUCUUUGUGGUACUGACCAGGCGCAAGGACUGCUUCCCAUUGAGGUCUCUGGAUAAGAAGAUCGGAGAGUUCAGAUCAGCAGCAACAAAAACAGCAUUAGGAAUGUUCGACACCCUGGCCACAGCAUCAGAUGAGGCCAGCCGUCCAGUAGCAGUCAAGCAGCACCUGAGUGUCCGUCAGGAGAAGGUCAACUACCUUGGCUACUCCAACGUCCACCAGACCCCCAUCUACGACCUGCUGGUGAAGGAGGUUCAGGCCGGGAGAGACAAGAUCGCAGAGAUGGUUGAGCUGUCGAAAGUGAAGUGUCGCCGGGACUAUCUGUGGAACCGGAUGAAAGUGAUGGAGGAGGACAGUCGCAGGAAGAAACGCAGCGAAACUGAGGAGAGCCGAGACCUGAAUCUGGCCCGACUCAGCUUUGAGGAGUACCUUGAGCUGCUUGAGAUGGUGACCCGGACUCCCCUGGACGAGGUCGACCCUCAGCUCACCCCAUUCCUCAACAUGCCCCUCCAGUGGUACACGCUGCUGUUUGACGUCCUCAUCAACAAGUACCCCGACACCCACCGCAACUUCAUCAGUGGCGACGGCCAACAGAGACACAUUCUGAUUCUCAAUCCCAACAACCUUGACAUGUUCAUGAUGGCCUCCGUUGACUACAAGGCUAACAGAGGGGAACUGUGUAUUGUGCACCUGGAGCCGCAGCUGGACCAGGAACACACGCCGACCAACCCCAACCUACCAGUUUUCACAACGCAGUCCCACAUUGAGGACUUUGUCAAUGCAUGCAUAUUUCACACAUGGACGUACAUGCUGCAGUAGACGUCGAAUCCACUGAAUUUAUCCUUCUGUGUUAUGCACAAGACCGUCAGGUCCUCACAGAGAUGGCAGACUGGUGUGGAUCCAUCAUGGACCAUUGAUCCAUGCAUACUCGGAACCUUAUGCCAUAUCCCUGCAUACAACGUACUUGGAGAUGUGACACUCCUCUCAUGCUGUACAUAUAAGUACUGACAUCUACACAAUCAUGUUUAUGUUUGAUAUGGAUUUGUAUGAUGACUGAAAGUGAGUAGAAAUAUAGAUGUGAGAUAUAUUGUAGAAUUUUAUACCAGUGUCUUUCAUUAUGGUGCAGGCUACUUGGCAUCAAUAAAGCCUAUUUGUGACAGUAAUGUACAUAAUCGAACACAUUGUUGUAAACGAAAUUUGAAAUUUCAGAAUAUUGUGUGUCAAAAUAUCUGUGUAAAAUACCCGCUUAUCUUCUAGGGUUGAAAUCUACAAUGUAUUACCGGGUAGGCUGAAAAUCCUAAGAUGAUUUUGUCUCAUGCAGUGAUUUGUUUUGUAUUCACUCCCGUACUUGCUGUAAAGAUUGACUAAACUGUGGAUUGGAUGGCUACACUAUGACCUGACUGUCUUCUGACAGCGUAGAUCAUUACUCAUGCUAUCAACCAGUGCGUGUGCGUGUGCGUGUGCGUGUGCGUGCAUGCGUGCGUGGGUGAAUACAUGUGUGUACUAAGGUUGUUCUCUGUAUUCCUGUUUGUUCCUUUAGUACUUGUUCAUACAACCGUGUAGAUACCUGUUUGAUGUGUCAGCCUCAUGGAGGGAUAUAACUCCUGCAGCCUAUACUGAACUCAUCUGUAAUGAUGUGAACUACUCAUUAAUUCAUGUCAAGUUGUUCAUGAAACAGACUACCACUAAAUGUAUGGUUAAAGUAAAGGAGCUGACUAAAUCAAGGCAUUGUGAUGAUGACGAUGGCAACGAUGACAACGAUGACGAUGAUCCAGGGAUAAACAGUAUCUACAAUUAUGUAAAGUAAAGAUUUUGGGUGUGCGAAACAACCGUCUGUGAUAUUUGUCAUAGCACCAUGGUUGUGUUUGUGAAAUAGCUUCCUACUAAACACAUGAGUCACCAUCCAAAAAACAUCUUAGUCCUUUCAUGUUGCUUGUAAUGUGAGAGUUUUAUUUGGUAGGUGUUUUAUAUGAUGCUCAUGACAGUUUUGAACAUUUGACACAAGGCUGAUAAACCAGCCAGAGAUAAAACAUUUUGCUUAUAUUUGCUUAUGAAUAUUUGAAUAUGUUUGAAUGAUAACCUUUGAAAAGGAAAUAGGUUCAAAUUAAAUAGUUCCCGGAAGUGACAGUGUUCUUGAAAUGUUGACUGUCUCUGUGAAAGGUGACAGUGUUCUUGAAAUGUUGAAUGUCUCUCUGAGAGGUGACAGUGUUCUUGAAAUGUUGAAUGUCUCUGUGAGAGGUGACAGUGUUCUUGAAAUGUUGAAUGUCUCUGUGAGAGGUGACAGUUGUGUUCUUGAAAUGUUGAAAGUUAAUGUAUCAGGGGAGAUAACUGUGUUUGGAACAGUUGAAUGUCAACUGUCUAGUCAUAAAGCCAGUAUUUGUGAGGUACUGGGACAUGAGUUCUGUUACAUAGUAGUAUUACUGCUCCAGCACCUCCGGGAGACUCGGGAAGAAACCAGUGUUGUUAGUGUCACAGUGACCCCCCUAAUAACAAGGAAUGAGUCAGUUUGGUUUAGAGCCUCAGUUUAAGUUCUGUCUCGGCAUGUCAGCUUGAUGUGGGAGGACGUGUCAGCUUGAUGUGGGAGGACGUGUCAGCUUGAUGUGGGAGGACGUGUCAGCUUGAUGUGGGAGGACGUGUCAGCUUGAUGUGGGAGGACAUGUCAGCUUGAUGUGGGAGGACGUGUCAGCUUGAUGUGGGAGGACGUGUCAGCUUGAUGUGGGAGGACGUGCCACCGUGCCACAGGACACGCAUGCUUCCCACACGGAUGAAACCAGAGAGCAGGGUGCUAACAAACCAACGAUCAUAAUUAAGGUGCUCUGGUACUCAAACUGAUGACCAGCAUGAUCCAUGCAUGUCUAAGGGAAGCAACUCUGUAUGGGUUGCUUCAAGUUUUAUCACUCGGCUACAAUUGUCAAUCACAUGGAUGAAUGGUGAGCAUAAUGUCUACAGUUUGAUAUGUCAAGUAUUAUAAGAUGGGUAUAUGUGUAUAAAAUACAAGUAUUGCAAUAUGAAUGUCAGUAUAAAGAUUGUAUAUACAGUGAUUAGUGCUCAUAUUAGUGUGUUUUCCUAUGAUAUUCUGUGCUGCAUGAGUGUGUAGUGGUAUGAUGUUUUGUUGGCUCAGUGUUCUGUACUAUACUACCCACAGAAAGUAAGGCAAUGAUCAUCGUGAUGAAUAUAUUUGGGCACAGUUAACAUUAUAAGUUGUUCAGGAUCACAGUAGCAGGAUCAUGAGAUGUACAUGGGUUUUUUGCAUAAAACGUGAUGUACCUCCUGUGAUCCUGCUACAAUGAAUUUAUCUUACCGACAUGUUUUAAUGUGACAUUGUAAAAGAAUGAACAGAAAUUCAAAAUUGAUAGAAAACAGCUGUUCUAUUGAGCUGAGGUUAACUUGUGCUGUCACGUGACUUUCAUUGACUCAGAAAAAGCGUGGAGCUUUUUGCUUUGAAGUGGGGAUAAGGGAUUAAUUCUGCUUCUCAGAAAUCCAUGUGCAGCCUGUAUUGCUCAUGGUGGGGUAUAAGAGAUUUAUUCCCAAGCUUUGAAAUUUAUGCCUAUCCAAGGCGGGUUACACAGUAUUUUAUCAAGAUCACGUGGACCAAUCAGAUCUCAUCGUUCUGACAUGUAGGUAUUAUAGAUGUUCUUGGACAACCUAUAUUUUUAUGUCACUACUGACUUCCAAGAAAUUGGUGACUUAGAUUAUAUUUUGUGGAAGCAAAAAGAAAAGCCAGUGAGGCAUUCCUGUCAUUUCUCUGCACUUAAUUUUGUUAUCAAGCCUUAUCACCCACAGUCAGAAGCAAGAUUAGAACUGGUUAGGACUUGAAUUGACUGAUAUUGCCCAUAAGGAUGUUUCCAGUGCAGAGAAAUGUAUGCUAUAAAACCUGGUUCUGGGUAAGUCCAAACUUUCAUUAUACAGCUGUGUCUGUAGUUGUAAAAAUUAAAGAAAGUUCCGAUAAAACCCUUUUUCAGAAUUUCCCCUAUAUUUCCCCUAGAUAUUUCUGUUUGUGCCCCUAUAUUUCUAGCAGUGAUGGCUUGGAUGCCUGUCAUUUUCUUACCAUCUGUGGGAAGUAUCUGCCCCUUCAGUUCUCAAGAAUAGCAUAGUAUGUGUAGUUACAGACAGAAUAUCAGUAGUUGCAAUAUUUCAUGUGCGAUUGAGUUUCAUUGAUAUUGACUAGUGCUAUGACCAUAGCCAUUGACUCUGUAUGAUGUGUUCAAUAAAAUAUAAGUCUAGCUCUCAGGACUGUACAUAUCUGUAGAAAAUGUAAUAUAAUCAUGUCAGCAUGGGGCUCUUAAGUUCACCUGAAUCUUCUGUAGUAUUACCAUCAAAGGAAAACUAGUUACUAUUACAUUUCCUCUAUUUGAUGCUGGACCUCCAGUACAUGCCGGCCUCUAUUUGAUGCAGGACCUCCAGUACAUGCCGGCCUCUAUUUGAUGCAGGACCUCCAGUACAUGCCGGCCUGUAUUUGAUGCUGGACCUCCAGUACAUGCCGGCCUCUAUUUGAUGCAGGACCUCCAGUACAUGCCGGCCUCUAUUUGAUGCAGGACCUCCAGUACAUGCCGGCCUGUAUUUGAUGCUGGACCUCCAGUACAUGCCGGCCUCUAUUUGAUGCAGGAUCUCCAGUACAUGCCAGCCUCUAUUUGAUGCUGGACCUCCAGUACAUGCCGGCCUCUGUUUGAUGCUGGACCUCCAGUACAUGCCAGCCUCUAUUUGAUGCAGGAUCUCCAGUACAUGCCAGCCUCUGUUUGAUGCUGGACCUCCAGUACACGCCGGCCUCUGUUUGAUGCUGGACCUCAACUACAUGCCAGCCUCUAUUUGAUGCUGGACCUCCAGUACAGGCCAGCCUCUAUUUGAUGCUGGACCUCCAGUACAUGCCAGCCUCUAUUUGAUGCUGGACCUCCAGUACAGGCUGGCCUCAAUUUGAUGCUCGACCUCCACUACUUGCCGGCCUCUGUUUGAUGCUGGACCUCCACUACAUGCUGGCCUCUGUUUGAUGCAGGAUCUCCAGUACAUGCCGGCCUCUGUUUGAUGCUGGACCUCCAGUACACGCCGGCCUCUAUUUGAUGCUGGACCUCCAGUACAGGCUGGCCUCUAUUUGAUGCUCGACCUCCACUACAUGCCGGCCUCUGUUUGAUGCUGGACCUCCACUACAUGCUUGCCUCUGUUUGAUGCAGGAUCUCCAGUACAUGCCGGCCUCUAUUUGAUGCUGGACCUCCAGUACAUGCCGGCCUCUAUUUGAUGCAGGACCUCCAGUACACGCCGGCCUCUGUUUGAUGCUGGACCUCCAGUACAUGCCGGCCCUCUGUUUGAUGCUGGACCUCCAGUACAUGCCGGCCUCUGUUUGAUGCUGGACCUCAACUACAUGCCGGCCUCUAUUUGAUGCUGGACCUCCAGUACAUGCCGGCCUCUAUUUGAUGCAGGAUCUCCAGUACCUGCCUACCUCUAUUUGAUGCUGGACCUCCAGUACAUGCCAGCCUCUGUUUGAUGAUGGACCUCCAGUACACGCCGGCCUCUAUUUGAUCCUGGACCUCCAGUACAUGCCGGCCUCUAUUUGAUGCAGGAUCUCCAGUACAUGCCGGCCUCUACUUGAUGCUGGACCUCCAGUACAUGCCGGCCUCUGUUUGAUGCUGGACCUCCAGUACAUGCUGGCCUCUGUUUGAUGCUGGACCUCCAGUACAUGCCGGCCUCUGUUUGAUGCUGGACCUCCACUACAUGCCGGCCUCUAUUUGAUGCAGGACCUCCAGUACAUGCCGGCCUCUAUUUGAUGCAGGAUCUCCAGUACCUGCCUACCUCUAUUUGAUGCUGGACCUCCAGUACACGCCAGCCUCUAUUUGUCGAGCGGUCAUAUGCUGUGUCCAAAAAAUAGAAGUUGGGCCUCUAUUAGGUUCCUGGUCCUUCAUUUGAUGACGUGAAUGCCCAAGAUAACAGUUUUGAAUUUUAUACUUUGAUAUGUUGGUGGUUAAUGAUGACAGUUUUCUACAAAUGUACCCUUUGUAGGACUCCGGGAUCGGGUUGUCAGGCUCGCUGACUUAAUAGCUUGGUUGAUGCAUGUCAUCAUAUCCCAAUUGCAUGGAUCGAUGCUCAUGAUGUCAAUCACUGGAUUGUCUGGUCCAGACUCAAUUAUUUACAGACUGCCCUCAUAUAGCUGGAAUAUUGCUGAGUGUGGGGUUAAACAACAAACAAACAAAACAAACAAACUUUGUAGGACUCUUGAAUUUAGGAUUCGGUAAGGUAAUGAAUGGGUUGCCACUGUCCCAGCAUUAAAUAGAUUAGAUGCAUAUGCGAUAUUAAUAGACACACAAGCAUCUAAUAGAGGAAGUAUGGUAAUGGUUCUAUGUAAAAGUAUACAACAAAUGUACUUUAAGACGUUGCACAGCAUAUACUUGCUGUAUAGUAUGUAAUACAAUUAUACAUCAGUGACUCGGUGGUUGUUGCCAUGGCGACUUUUUAAAAAAUUUGUUUUGAAUUCUGUAAGCAAUCUUAUGACACCAUUGCUCAAACUAACACAAUUAACCUUGAUCAUCACUGUGUUUUAGGGUUGAUGCGAGGUCAUAAGACAUCAACAUACACAGGGAUCAAAGUUAACAUACACGCUCUAGGAAUAUAAUGAAUGACACAUUGAUACAGGAAUAGAUGGCUUAAUAUUCGGCCAGGUGAGCUUAAGCUUUUCUGUGUCUUGUACGAAAUUUGAGAACACAUUUUUUGUUCUACAAAGAGAGGCUGUUGGCUUUUUUUCUUGUCUGUAUAUACAUUUUACAGUGCAAGAGUGCAGAUAUGCACAUUUGUUUGUCAUGCUUUUAUAUAAUAUAAAUGAAAGUAUUUCUGAUAAUUUUUGUUUUUUUAUGUGAACUGGGUUUUUCACAUGAAUUUUGAACCCAAGUAUAAAAUUCUAGGCAAAGGCAACUUAUUUUAUCCUUUGUUCUCUGUACAGGAUUUGAUAUGAAAAUGUGUUUUAAUCAUAAGAAGAUAAUUGUGUGUGAAGGCUAGAAAACCUUCCUUCCCAUGUUUAUUUUCGUUAAGUUUGAGUUUGGGUUUGUGAGGAACGUGUUGGGUGAGAAAUAUAACCAUCGGAGCAGGAUUCUUGCCUCAGUUUCAUUUUGUUUUAUUCCAGUGUCAGAAGAUACUUCAUAUCUUCGUACUCAACACCAAAAUAAAAAUUUCCUUUUUAUCAUGUGUGACCAACCAUGAGAUAAGGGAUCUUAUGUGUGAAAAAUUACAUAUUGACUUAUUAUAUUUUAAAACUAGAGUAUCUGAGGACCACAAAAAUACCAUUCAUAAGCUUCAAUUCACAUUUAUUACAGAGAUGGCAUCAAACAUUUGGGCUCAUUUCCUGCAAACUCCCAUGUUCAGGCAUAUAACUGUUUACGUAAUGAUUGCAGUUUAGAGAUAAUGUCUGAUUAUUUGAAAGUAGACAUGUAUGCUGCAAUAUUUUGAAAUAAUGUUUUAUUAUGUUACGAAAUAACAAGAGACAAUAAGAUAUUUUUGUACAGUCCGCACUCUAUUUUUACGGAAGUAAGUUGACAUCAAACAUCAUUUUUGAUAUCACAGCACAAAUUGUAUUCUAGCACCCAUAAGGUCCCUUUUCGCCAGGUGGGUCACAUGUUGUGAUUUUUUAAAAGCACUCAACUCAAAACGCUCUUUGCAUUUGAAGAUUUCUUUGUAGCACAUAGUGGGUAUACUAUACCAUGUUGAUAAUUAACCCUGAUCUCAAUAUGAGAAAACAGUCCGAAAAAUGUAACCCACGUCCAACUGACGUACAUCACCAUUCAAAACAAACAGUCCAGACUAUCCUGACCGGCAACAGCCUAGGGAUCAUUGAAGCUGAUUUACGUGGUGAACCCAAAAUAUUUCCAGCAAUGUUUGUGAUCUUUACAUACGUUAUAUUGAUAUGCCUCUUUUUUUCACUGCCCAUCAGAAAUGUUCCUCACUAUAGGGGUACAUUCAAUUUGAAAGGGAAAGGAACAUGUUUAAAUGCCCUAGUUUGUUGUGUACACAGUAAAACAUGGAUCAGUCUGUAAAUCCAUAUGAUGAUCAUGAUCAUCAUUAUCAUCAUCAUCAUUAUUUAGUUUUAGUUACCAGUACAUCUGUUACAGUUAUUUUUGCUUAGAGUAUAUAUUCCGGAACAGCAUGCUGAUGAAGAUGGUUUGUCAUCCUGAAUCUGUUAUCUUCAAGACCCUGUCUCAUCAUGUCUAGUGAUGUUUUAUAUGGAAUAUCAUACUUUUAUUGACCAAGUUUGUUAUACCUGUUUAUUCACCUGAAUUCGCUGAAGGGAUACGAUAACGCUCAUCAAUUAUUUGGACCCCAUUUGUUUUUAAAAAUGUCCGGACAGAAAAAUUUAAAUGUCCGGUAAGCAAAAUUUUAAACCGGACAUUUGAGAUUCCCUGGCGCAUAUGACCGUUUCCAGACCCCUGGUUUAACAUCACAUACCACUAUGGUGAAUACUGUCCAGUGCUUUUGUCCACAAAAUGCUUUGACUAGUUACUGAAUGUGUUUUCAGGUCUGAAAAUAGGACUGGUACGACUAGCUGCAAGAUAGCUGACAUGGCAAAAAGCAAUAUUCACUCACUGACUGACAAUAGGAAGGAAAAUGUAAUUUUAAAAUUUCUUCAAUUAAUAAAUGGUUUAUUCUGGUUGUGAUUGAAGCCUGACUUGGUAGCCAAAUCCGCACCAUAACUGGUAAAGCCCUGGAGUGAGUAAGUGAGUAUGGUUUUACGUCACUUUUAGCAAUAUUCCAGCAAUAUCACGGCGGGGGACACCAGAAAUGGGCUUCACACAUUGUACCCAUGAGGGAAAUUGAAACCAGGUCUUCGGCGUGAUGAGCAAACACUUUAACCAUAAGGCUACCCAACCGCCCCCUGAUAUACCUGGAAAAUAGUUAAGCACAUCUUCUUAUAUCCAGUAUUAUCGUGUGAUGAAACACGUGUAUUUUUCUUUACAUACUCAAAUGGAAAUAAUUUGAGAACCCUUCUACUUCUUCCCCUGAUUUUUUAAAUAAGACUCCCUACCUGCGAGCAUCAGGUGAAAGCUUGUUUGUGUACCAACUUUUCACCAGGUAUUUGUGAUAUCUCAGACAUUUAUCAAAAUGAAAUUGAUGCAGGCAUGUGAUACUCCAUUCAAAGUUGGAAUUCCAUCUCUUUUAUCUCCAUAUUUUCCCAAACUCGGUACGCUGUAGUUUCUGGUGAAAACAGAUCAGUUCUCAGCUUUUCCUUGAAUCCCAUGCUUGUCCGUGUCAUAUGUAGAUAUUUCCAAAAUUUACAUGGACGUUUAUUUUCCUCCAGUAUAUAUCAGCUCCAGAUGCUGAUCACCUUGUGUGAUAGCAUUCAUCUCAGUGCUCCUUCGGACUGUCUGUGGGUGGUUUACUUAUCUUGUGUUGUAGAAUCAUGAAUUAUUUUCUUGAAUAGGAUCCAUAAACUGUUAUAACUUCAACAUGUGUGGAACAUUUGUAUUUUAUACAUUUCUUUUGUAAAAAGUGUACAAUUGAUGGUCUACAUAAUGCAAAUAAACUAUGAAUUCUU